UUGGAGACAGAAGACAAAGGUGUGGGGCGGCGACCCUUGUGAUUCUUGGAUGUGGAACAACAUCAACAACUGCUGCAAAACAUUGUACACCGUCGAGGGAAAAAAAGCAGAAAUUUUGCUUUAUUUUUCUGUGGGAUAAAAGAAAAAGAGCUGAAUUUCUGUUUAUGGUCCCACCAUUUCCAGCCCUCUCUGGUGUCAUCAAACUUUUCCCCUUUUGAACUUCUCUCGCAGCAGCUAGCCUGCAAUGCAUCAUCCCUGUUUUUCUCUCUCUAUAUAGACAUUUACAGUUUCUCUUUCCUUUGCUUUCUCUCUCUCCCUAGUUGUUGGUUCCACCUUCCAUAAGUCUUUAAUGGCUGCACCCAGCGCCAAAGCCAGACCCACACCUAAUUUUCUUUGUAUAAAGAGGUGGGUCGGUGUUUCUCCCAUCUGGGUUUCCCUCUUUUCGACUUUUUGGUCGGUGGAGGUGGAAUAGAUACCCUCAACCCCAAUGAAAAAAGCAAACGCAACAAAAAAAAAUUAGUUCUUUGUAUAUAGAUUGGUUUUUGUUUUUAUGAUGAUGUUAUAGUUGUACAAUUUGUGCUUCUCUGAUCCGCAAAUUGUAUAUUUUAUUUCAACUGGGAAUUGGGAUUGCGCAUAUGCCGAGUAUUUGCUUUGUGGAGUCUUUGAGGUCGACGCUUCAGUUUUCUGGUGGGUUUGUGUGAAUAGGAAGAACAGUUGCAUUGGGUAUUUCAGUUUUUGGAUAGGUAAAAGUGAAAAAACAUCUGUGAAGUGAUCUUACAAGGCUUCAGCAUUUAUCAAGUAGAGAUCUUUUUGGCCUUGAUAGAUUGAGGUUUCAAAGUGAAGUGUCAUUCGUGAAGAUCAGAUUGAUGGCAUCUUUAAUUGUAAGAAAGGGAAUCAAUUGGAACAUCGUCAGGAGGACUAAAUCUUUCACGAGUUGGAUGUUUUAGUAUUUUCAUUGAAGGGAAAAUCACAUCGAUGUUGUAAGGACUGUGGUCCUUGUUGCUGGAAAGAGAAAAGCAAUUUUUUGAUUCCUUGUUUGCCAGUAGAAACAAAAUCUAAACAAACACAACACAUCACGAUCAAAACAAUCUCCAACAAUGGCCAAGAGAUCACAAAGGCGUUCUUUGCGUUAUGAGAAGGAUCAGGCAGGUUGUAUGUGGGGUUUCAUUAGCAUAUUUGACUUCCGCCGUGGUCUAGCUACCAGAAAGCUGCUUUCAGAUAGAAGGCGAGCUAGCAGACAAGUUGGUACUGCUUCAAGUCCAAAGCUCAUUAUACCAGAUUCCAAUGAGGAGAGUCCGAUAGUUGAGGAUGAUGAAGAAAGAGAGGUAGUAAUCCUUGAUGUUAAAACAAGGGUCAAGGAACUUAUGGAAGAAGAUAUGUCCAGCAAACCAAGUCAUAAGAAUCCAAGAAAUGAUACUGAAAUUGAACCUGAACUACAUUGCUCACAUCAGGCCAGUCAUACAACAAAGACCCUUAAAAAGACAUAUAAAACUUGCAAGAGAUCUAGAAACUUGUCUCUCUCUGAUUUGGAUGAUAUCAGAAGUACAGGAUCUGGAAUGUCCCGUCAUAACUCUGAUGACUUGCAAGUUGCAAUGGAAGAACAUGGCCGGAAUUGUCUAGUAAGUAGGGAAGGCAAUUUGCAUACUGAUACAGAUCAGUCUUACCCUGUUCUCGAAGAAAAGUUAAGUGCUGCAAUUGAGGUGUUUAUAAAUCAUAAACUAAAGAAUAGUAAGCCCUUAAUGGAAGAUGAGAUAACUGAUAACACCAAAGAGUUGACUGAUGCACUGCAGACAUUACGGUCUAACAAGGAAUUAUUCCGUAGGCUCCUACAAGACCCAAAUUCCAGGCUGGUAAAGCAUAUUGAAAGUCUGGAGGAUGGAUUAGAGAAAGGGCUGAGGUCAAACUCUAUGCUGAAAUCUAAUUUUUCAGAGAACAAGCCAGUCUGUGCAAAAACAGAUGAAAUCAUUGAACAUAAACAACCCCACUUUUUCCGGAGGAGAAGCAGAUCUCAAGGAAGCUACCCAUUGAUGGAAGAUGUGAGAUCCCAGCCUCCAAGCAAAAUUGUAAUUCUCAAGCCUGGACCAUUGCACUUCCCAGGUACUCAACUCAAUGUUGACCCAUCAUCACACUCUGCCGAUACUAUGAAGAAUAAGGUGCAGAAUGAGAGAAACUCAUCCUACUUCUCAUUCACUGAAAUUAAAAGAAAGCUGAGGCAUGCUAUGGGAAAGGACCGACAAGGAAUCUCUCCUGGAGGAAUUGUACGUAGGGUUCCUCCUGAGUAUAAAAAGCGCAGUGAGAGUGAGAAAGGGAUUACUGGAGAAAAUGCUGGAGCUGGAUGGAGUUCUCCAAACAGAAACCAUUUUUACACUGAGAGAUUUGCCAAGCCAUCUGCUAUCUUAAAGAGAGGAGACAAGAGAGGAAAGCCAAAAGAUGCUGAAGAAGCUAUCAGAAAUGAAACAUCUGAUUAUCCCAAGCAAGGGGUACCUAACAUCUAUCUUGAGGCCAAGAAGCAUAUUUUUGAGAUGCUGGAUAAUGGUGAGGAGAAGGAAGAGCCAAUGAGGAUGCAUUUGCCUAGAUCUCUUGGGAGGAUCCUUUCUCUUCCUGAUUACUAUACUUCUCCUAGCUCCAGUUCUAGCAACAGUGAUAGCAGUGAUGAGCAAAUUCUUUCUUCCCAGAUGAGAGUAGCACCUCCUGACUCUUUAACGACUGCUAAUCAAAGCAUCCAUCAAACCGUUCAUGAAGACCGGGACAUUUGUCAAUCUAACUUGGAAACCCAAUCUUGUGUUGCAGAAAACCCCUCUAACCAGGACAUAGAAUCUGAUAAAGCAAAUCUCAAUGUUCCAUGUGAACAUUAUCAUGACAUUUUAUUGGAAGCAAAUGUGCCUUCACAUGGAGGUGUGGCUCUUGAAGGGACUAUAGAUACUGAAGAAUCAUCUCAAACUAGAUGCCAGGAGGAUGAGAGAGCCUCAAAUGCUCCCCUUGAAAUAAGUAGCUCUUCAAUUACCAUAAACAUGGACAGUGCUCAUGUUACUGAAGCUUGCAUUGAAGAGAGCUCUUCUCAGAGCUUGGAAUUGGCACCUGAAUACUUAAAAACAGAAUCACAAGGAGCAGAUCAAAUUUUAUCUUCUCCUCCAGCUUCCUUGGCACAGUCAUUAGACACUAGGAGAGCUGAUCCAGAUUGUGUAAUGGAUAGAACAGAGCGGCCAAGUCCUAUAUCUGUUCUCGAGCCUUUAUUUGUGGAGGAUGAUAUCAGUCCAGCAAGCACUGUAUGUCGAUCAGUUGAACUUGAGAUUCAACCACGGAAAAUCCAUUUUGAGGAACCUGCAUAUUCAACUAUUAACCAACCACUGUGUAUAAGGACGUGUUUGGAAAGUGAGGAAACUGCAUUUGAAUACGUAGAGGCAGUGCUGCUAGGUUCAGACCUGAAUUGGGAUGAUUUCCUCUUAAGGUGGCUUUCUUCAGACCAGAUUCUUGACCCAUCAUUGUUUGAUGAAGUUGAGCUAUUUUCUAGUCGAUCUUGUCACGAUCAAAAACUCCUUUUUGAUUGUACCAAUGAAGUUCUUAAGGAGGUAAUUGACCGCUAUUUUGGCUGCUUCUCAUGCACACCAAUUCUUAAACAGAACAUCCGGCCAGUCCCAAAGGGCAUGGACCUAAUCCAUGAGGUAUGGAACGGAGUUGAAUGGUAUCUUCUGAAGAAUCCUCCACCUCAUUCUUUGGAACAGUUAGUCAGAAUACACUUAGCAAGGUCUGGGGAAUGGAUGGAUCUCCAAUAUGAUAUUGGAAAUAUUGGUAUUGGGAUUGAAGCAACUAUUCUUGAAGAUUUGUUGGAGGAAACCAUAUUCAUCCUUGCAGAUGACACUACAGAAAACGAUAUCCUCUCUUCGGCUGAUAAAGAAGUGGUGAUUAGCUGUGACUAGUUGAAGUUUAGUGACCUUCUGAUUAGUUUAGGCCUCAGUAAGCCAUAGCUUGGAUCUUUGGGAGAUGAUCCGGUGCAUCCUUUCUCGUAAUACCAUGGUUGAUAUCUAAUGUAACUCUUUCGCGAGAAAUUCCCAAGGCAAAAGCUGAUGAAUAAAACACUUGUGCUCCCACUGAGGGAUGUGGCUCCUGUGUGGUUUACACAGAGCAAAAGGUAUUGCUUGACCACUGAAGAUUACCCAAAAAAAAAAAAAACCCCAAAAAAGUGAGUAGACAAAGGAAGAAGCAGUGAGGCCCUUUUUGGUUUUAUCAACCUGGUAAAGGGGUUUCUCAUCAAUGUAGACUUCUGUAAAUUCUGGAUUGCUUGAUGUCAUGCUGCAAGGUGUGAAAUCUUCUCUCCACCUUAUAACGGUUCUUUUCUUUUCCCUUUUUUUUUUGGCCGAAGAGUGCUUCUAGUUAGGCUUUUUGGGUUUCAUUACAGUGUGUGAUUUUCUACUUGACUUGUGUGAUUACAUAGUGGUUGUAACUGAAAGAAUUGAAGAGAGCCGAAAUGACAAUAAUCUUGAGCUUAUAUUGUCUGAUCCA